CAGCCAUGAAUAGUAUCCUGUUUCAAAUGGAAUAUUUACUAACCUGUUCCAAAUAUGACAGUGAUUAAGCUCAAUGUAUUAAAAUCUUACAACAGAAGGGAUAACAUUUUACGAUAAUGGCAUGUGACUGUGCGGCUAAGUACGUAUUACUUUUCUACACCGCCCUGUCCUUGGUUCAGUUGGGCGUCUCCAUUACGCUGCUGGUGUUUGGAGCCCGAGGACAGAGCCUCCUGGAAAGGGAAGGAGCGGGACCAGGGAUACCGUACUUCGUUGGAGCCCUGCUCACUGGUACCGUGUUUAUAAUCACAAGUCUUUGCUCGUUGGCUAUGGUCAUUUUAUGGUUGGUCAACUACGACACGGUUAAGGCCGGACAACGAAUGUCUAUGGUGUUCUGUGUAUUUGUCUACCUCGGCCUCCCUUGCACUAUUCUUGGCCUAAUUUUUACAGCAGCCUUUGGGCUUUCCAACUGCAAACAGGACAGUGGUGCCCAAAAUUAUGACCAAACCGGGUUUUGCUCGUACGAGAAAAACAUAGAUGAAAACUAUAACACGGCUGUUGUGAUACUGGUGCUUAUUCUACUUUUAUUUGUGACCUUCGUAAUUGACGUCUUCAUGUUGUGUAAAUAUGGCGACUUACAAGAUGACACUUUGGAACAAGGAACGCUAGAAUCAGGGGUCGCACAGGGAGCUCCAGGAAGCUCUGGGAACAAAAAUAAAAUACUGAAGAAAAUGCAACAGGAUAGAGAACGUAGGAAUGAUAUACAACGACAGAUACGCAUGGGGGUGCCACCGAAUAGAGUUGUACCAAAAUACUUUAAAAAGAUUUAAAAAAAAAUCAUGAGCUCAUUCCGCUUUGAUAUACAAAUGUAUGAACAAUGAUGAUUGCUUAAUUGCUAUCGUUGCAAUGUGAUGUGUAUAAUUAUGUGCUGGGGACUUCAUAUACCUAUGAACAGUCUGAACCAAACUGAAAGUUAGUCUGGUGUUUUCAUACAGAUAUAUAUAUCAAUACAUCUUAGAUGAAAUAUUACACACACACACAUAUAUGUGUGUAAUAUUUCAUCUAAGAUGUAUUGACACUACGUGUUAUAUGGUGACUGGAAGGUCCGCUUCAUGCAUUGUCAACAGUUUGGGCUAAACGUAUUGAAAGCAAAAUAAUAGUUGAGGUGGUGCUCGUGGGUGUUGAAAGUUUUGUACCUACUAUUACUGCGAAAACGAAAAAAAGAAAGGAAAACAAAAGCAGUUUGGAUACAACCGAAUUGGCUGAUAUCAUUUUUGGGGGUUCAGUCUGUGCUCAUUAAGGACCAGUUAUAAUAGGUCUAUCGGAAUGCCAGUGAAGGUAUUGACAUUAAGUUAUACUCUUCCUUUGCGUAUACCUUUAAGUUUUCAGCAGUUUACUGUUAUUUGUUGUAUGUAAAGGAUGUCCAAAAAGAAACUUCCACUUUGAAAUAUUCACAACUUUGCGUAAUUUCGUUAUAAUAAGAUGAAAUUUAUAUCAAUUUAAAGAUCUAACGGUAAAUUCCUUUCAACUGUAUAAAACACGCAACUGUAACCCGAAAUCAAUAUUGCAGCGACGUCUAGUGUUGCUAGUUUCAUAACAGUAACUGAUAAACCUAUAUGUACUAGGAUAUAUGAACAUUGCUUUCAUCUUACGACUUUAUUGCUAUUGUAAAGUUACUAAAUGAAACCUGAUAUCGGCUGAGGAUGUUUUUACUAUUUGAAGUAGUUCAGGUGAGGCAGGGUCUUUUAGUCAACACAUUUCCAUUUUCUGCGUUAUUUAUUUAAUAUAAUUAUCUAUGACCCUAGGUUCCUCGCCAAGAUUUAUUUAUGAUCCUUCGGUGUUCUUUUAAAUUCACAUUAACAUUGCAAUCUUAUGACCGUAUUCAAAUAAAGUGAUCUUGCUUGUUUUCCGAUCCAUUUCAUCAUACUAUUGCUGUACUGUUAUUUUUGUAUAUACGAACUGAAUAAAAUAUGUUUAAACUAAAUAAAGUGAUCUUUCUAUUCGGUCUA